AUGGCGUCUCCGCCUCCUCAACCUCCUUCUUCCGCCACCUCCAACUUCCAAACACAUCCAAUUUUCCCUCUAUUCUUCCCGCUCGCCCUAAUUACUUUCGUCGUUCUCCUUUUCCUCUUUGUCAUUUUCCAUAAGUUUAUACGCUGCUGUUCGGACUCCACAGAACCAGAUAUUGAACAAGGAGUUUCGUCGACACUGCCGCAUACGAUGCUGCUUCUCUUUCUCCAUCCUCAUUUAUUACCUGCACCGGCGCCGCAACUGCCUCGUCGUCCUCAAGCGACGCCGUUUCAGUCAUCAGGGGAAGCGCAGAGUUCAAUCCCGGGCGCUGGGAGCUCUGUCUUUGUGUACAAAAGCGACGUCGUUCUGGGAAAUUUGAAUGAGGAAUGUGUCAUAUGUCUUGAGGGUUUUGCUGACGGAGAGGAGUGUAAGAUUCUCAAUGACUGUAACCACGGCUACCAUAAACCUUGCGUCGAUAAGUGGCUGAAGAUUCAUAACCAGUGUCCGCUUUGUCGGAGCUCCGUCGCCGGCGGUUCUUUCCGUGUCUCUGAUACUGCAACUCCCAGACAGUAG